GGAGAGGGCGCUGCAUUCAGGCGCCGAGAGGGAGAAAGAGGAAUACGUGGGGGAGAAGCAAGUCCGCGUUGGGGGCUGACGCAUGCGCACAGCCAACCGUGCCCGGUUCGGCUCUCCCUUGUACAGAGGCGCGGAUUGGACCCGAGGGCAGGGCAUGAUGGUGGUGGGUACAGGCACCUCGCUGGCGCUCUCCUCCCUCCUGUCCCUGCUGCUCUUCGCUGGGAUGCAGAUGUACAGCCGCCAGCUGGCCUCCACCGAGUGGCUCACCAUCCAGGGCGGCCUGCUUGGUUCCGGCCUUUUCGUCUUCUCUCUCACUGCCUUCAAUAAUCUGGAGAAUCUUGUCUUUGGCAAAGGAUUCCAAGCAAAGAUCUUCCCUGAGAUUCUCCUCUGCCUCCUGUUGGCUCUCUUUGCAUCUGGCCUCAUCCACCGAGUCUGUGUCACCACCUGCUUCAUCUUCUCCAUGGUUGGUCUGUACUACAUCAACAAGAUCUCUUCCACUCUGUACCAGGCAACAGCUCCAGUCCUCACACCAGCCAAGGUUACGGGCAAGGGCAAAAAGAGAAACUGACCCUAAAUGUUUAAUAAAGUUGAUUCUUUGUA